CCCAACUCGUGUCUGAACCCGGGACAGAGGGAGCUCCAACACGAGGAAGUCUGCAGAUGCUGGAAAUUCAAGCAACACACAUAAAAGUUGCUGGUGAACGCAGCAGGCCAGGCAGCAUCUCUAGGAAGAGCAGAUAGAACGGGAUUAUUGGGAUUCCCAGGAAUUUUGUCUGCCGUCUGAUCUCAUGUCAGUGAGGAAGCUCUUGUGCUGCUCAGGCUCCUCAAAGAGCUCGGACCACCGGACUCAGCGGGCCGAGGCGAAGAAGGGGCAUCUCGCCCCCACGCUCCCUCAGAACGACUGGCUGUCGGACAGCUACUACCACAUCCGGGCCAGGAUGCGGGACAAGGAGGGGGAGAGAGCGGGAGGGGGGACGCAGGGCAGGGAGGAGAUGGACAGUUCAGAAUCCUGGGUGUUUCAGCACCCUCCCUCGGCCAGCCCCCGCCUGGAGGCCACCCCUCCUCAUGCCCCUGCAGUCCUUCCACCCCACCUCCCCUCCCCACCCUGGGACCCCCGGACCUCCCCUGGCCCCCACCGCCCCUCGCCACCACUCGCCAGGCCCCUUCCCAUCCCAAGGCCUGUCCCCCAUGCUGGGGGAUCCAGAGGACUCGUUGCUGUGGGAACAGAGACUGUCUCCUUUCCAGGCCCAGGAGAGGACAGAGGUCUAAGGACUGGCCUCUCAGGGCCCAAGGUGAUGGAGAAGGAGCCUGGAUCUCCUAAAGCCUCUGUACCUGUGGAAUCAGGACCUGCCCCCUCACAGGGCCCAGAACUGGUCAUAGGCCUACAGGAUGGGGGCCUAAAGGGGCCGGGUUCUGCUGAAACCUCUGCUCUAAACCCUGUUGCUGGGGAAAUCAUUGUCACCCCACCGCCUGGCCCUGGACAGGACAGAGGCCUACAGGACAACCUCCUGGGCCAUAAGGAGCGGGAGACAGGGCCUGGAUCCGCCGAAGCCUCCACCCUAAGCCCCAUCUCCAGGGAAACGGUCCCUGCCCCCUUGCUGGACUCUGGGGUGUUGAGGGGGGAGGAGGAGGAAGCAGAGGGCUGGGAAGUCCGACUCCUGUUUGGACCGCGCUGGGGCUCCCUGUCGCUCGGGGCCCCUGACACUCCAUCCAUCGAAACGCCAGGCCAGGAGACGGAGAGAGGGCGGCGGUGGUGGGAGGAAAAGGGGUUGUGGGGGGCAGAGGGGGCAAUUGAAGACCCCAGCGGGAGUCAGGGCAGGGUGGAAUCAGGGGCUGACGCCUGGGAGGGCCGUGCCCUGCGGAGGGUCUCAUCUUUCUCCAGCCUGGACAACUCCCACCUGGACAGCGAGGAGGGCCACAGCCUGAGGACAGAUGGCUCAGAGGGGCUGGGUGAGGGGUGGGGGUCCCGGUCCCGGACCUCCCUCACCUCUGAGGUGGGCUCCCACUCACAGCCUCUUGCUGGGCCCCAGGAGACAUCUGCAGAUGGAGAUGGUGGUCCUGUAGGCAGGCAACAGCCACCUACACGUGGAGUUCAGGAUUCUGCAGUCAGACAACUUCAGGGCCCUACAGGUGUUCAGAGUCCUGCAGUCAAACAACAGACCCCUUCAGAUGGUGUGCAGGGCCCUACAGGCAGAAAGCAACAACCUGCAGUCUCUGGCUUCCAAUUUGAUCACUUCUUGACGACAAGCAGGGAGCUCCCACUUGAGAAGGGCCUAGUUGUAAAUGAAAAAUUUCCACAGCAGCAAGCGUUGAGUACAGGCGAGGAAGCUCUUGAAGUGGUGUCCCCUACGGGCAAUGAAUCUCAUGAACAGGCACUGAUUACAAGUGAAGAAUCUCCUUUGGAACAGUCGUUGGCUACAGGUGUGGAAUAUCCACUCGAUCGCCCUCUCACUGCAGCACUUGACUUCCCAUUUGACCAUUUCCUGGAUUCAGGUGAGAAACGCCUUGAACAGGUGAUAAUGACAGGUGAGGAAUCAAUUGAACAGGUGCUGACUACAGGUGAGGAAUCAAUUGGACAGACCCUACCUACAGGCGAGCAAUCUCUUGAACAGGUGCUAAUGACAGGUGAGGAAUCAACUGAACAGACACUGCCCUCAGGGAACGAAACUUUUGAACAGGUGUUGACUACAACUGGGGAAUCUCUUGAACAGGUGCUGACUACAGGCGAGGAAUCUCUUCAACAGGCCUUAACUACAGGCAAAGAAUCACUUUUGGAACCGUCACCGGCUACAGGCAUGCACUAUCCACUCGACCGCCCUCUCAUUACAGCAUUUGACUUCCCAUUUGACUACAUUUGGUCUACAGGCGAGGAAUCCAUUGAACAAGCGCUGAUUACAGGUGAGGAAUUUUUUGAGCAGACACUUGCUAAAGGUGAGAAAUCUUUGGAAGAGGCACUUCCUACAGGUGGAAAAUUUCGAUUGCAACAAAUGCUACCAACGGGCUUAGAACUUACAGUCAAACAAAAUGAGUCUACAGGGGUGCAAACUCCUUCUCUGCCAUAUCUGAUUGUGGGUGGUGUUUCUGCACCUGAAUCUGUGACCACAGUCGAGGAUGCUCCUUGUGAAGUUAUCUCAGUCACAACCAAACCACAGGUCUCACCUGCAGGUACACACUCUCACCCCACAAAACUCCAAAAUACAGGCAAAGAAAUGGCAGUGGGCCACAUCCCAAUUGCAGGCAAGGAAUCUCUCACAGAACAGGGCCUGAGUACGGGUGAGGAGACACUUGAACAGGUGCUGACUACGGGUGAAGAAUCUCUUCAACAGGUGCUAGCUACAGGUGAGAAACCUCUUGAACAAUUGCUGGCUACAGACAAAGAAUCUCCUUUAGAACAGUCGUUAGCUACAGGAGUGAAAUAUCCACUUGAUCGCCCUCCCAGUACAGCAUCUGACUUCCCAUUUGAUCAUUUCCUGGAUUCAGGCAGGGAACCUCUUGAACAGGUGAUAACGACAGGUGAGGAAUCAAUUGAACAGGCGCUGACUACAGACGAAGAAUCUCUUGCACAGGCUACAGCUAGGGAAUCAAUUGAACAGGCGCUGACUACAGACGAGGAAUCUCUUGCACAGGCUACAGCUGGGGAAUCAAUUGAACAGCCACUGACUACAGACGAAGAAUCUCUUGCACAGGCUAUGGUUGGGGAAUCAAUUGAACAGGCACUGACUACAGACGAGGAGUCUCUUGCUCAGGCUACAGUUGGGGAAUUAAUUGAACAGGCACUGACUACAGAUGAGGAAUCUCUUGCUCAGGCUCUGACGACAGGUAAAGAAUCUCCAUUGGAAUCAUCACUGGCUACAGGCAUACAGUAUCCUUUGGACCGCCCUGCAGCUGUUGACUUCCCAUCUAACCAUUUCCUAACUACAAGCCAUAAAUCUCUUGAACAGGUGCCGACUACAGGCAAAAUAUCUCCUUUGGAACAGUCACAGGCUACAAGCAAGGAGUAUCCACCCAACCGCCCUCCCACUACAGUCCUUAAUUUCCCACUUGGCCAUUUCCUGGAUUCAGGUGAGGAAUCAAAUGAACAAACUCUGACUACAGGUGAGGAAUCUCUUGAACAGGCACUGGCUACAGGUGAUGUAUCUUUAUUACCAAUGGAUGUGGAACCUGUAUUUGAACACAAUGUAACUACAGGCAAACAAAGUCCUUUGCCACCAUCCCUGAUUUUCAGUGGUGUGUCUGCACCUGGGUCAGUGACCACAGUGGAGGACGCUCUCUGCGAAGUUAUCUCAGUCACAACUGAGCCACAGGUAUCACCUACAGGUGCAGAAUCACAGCCCACACAGUCCCAAGGUACAGACAAGGGCAUCACAGUGGGCCACUUCCUGAUUGCAGGUGAGAAAUCUCUCUCAGAACAGGGCCUGAGUACAGGCAAAAAGAUUCCCAAAGUAGAUGCUUUGAGUACAGGUGAGGAAUCUCUUGAACAGCCUCUAACUACAGGUCAGCUGUCUCUUGAACAGGCUGUGACUACAGGCAAAGUAUUUCCUUCAGAACCAUCACUGGCUAUAGGCAUGAAGUAUCCACUUGACCACCCUUUCACUACAGCUCUUAUCUUUCCGUUUGACCAUUUCCUGACUGCAGAUGAAGAACCUUUGGGUGAACAGGUUGUGUCUUCAGGCAAAGAAUCUAGUGGCAAACAGGCACUGACACCAGGUGAGGAAUUGACAGAGCAGACCAUGACUACAGGUAAUGAGUCUAUAGGAUCAUUGAUCCUAGCUACAGAGAAGGUAUCUUCAACCCAACAGCCCCUAUUUUUGGGCCAAGAAUCUGCAGCCAAGCAGGCAAUGGCAAGGGGCAAGAAGUCUCCUGGCGAACAGACUGUAUCUUCAAGUGAAGAAACUACAGUUGAAAAGACCGUAUCUUCAGGUGAAGAACCUACAGGUGAACAGGCCAUAUCUUUAGGUGAAGAAUACACAGAUGAACAUGAUGGAUCUUCAGGUGACGAAUCUACUAGCAAACAUGAACAGACCAUAUCUUCAGCUGAAGGAUCAACAGUUGAACAGAUCAUAUCUUUAGGUGAAGAACCUAUAGGUGAACAGACCAUAUCUUCAGGUGGAAAAUCCACAGGAGAACAGACCAUAUCUUCAGAUGAAGGAUCGACAGUUGAACAAACCAUAUCUUCAGGUGAAGGAUCGACAGUUGAACAGAGCAUAUCUUCAGGUGAAGAACCUACAGGUGAACAGACCAUAUCUUCAGGUGAAGAACCUACAGGUGAACAGACCAUAUCUUCAGAUGAAGAACCUACAGGUGAACAGACCCUAUCUUCAGAUGAAGAACCUACAGGUGAACAGACCAUACAUUCAGGUGAAGAACCUACAGGUGAACAUACCCUAUCUUCAGCUGAAGGAUCGACAGUUGAACAAACCAUAUCUUCAGGUGAACAGACUGUAUCUUCAGAUGAAGAACCUACAGGUGAACAGACCGUAUCUUCAGGUGGAGAAUCUACAGGAGAACAACACAUAUCUUCAGGUGAAGGAUCGACAGUUGAACAGACUAUAUCUUCAGGUGUAGAAUCAACAGUUGAACAGACCAUAUCUUCAGGUGAAGGAUCAACAGUUGAACAGACCAUAUCUUCAGGUGAAGAACCUACAGGUGAACAGACCAUAUCUUCUGAUGAAGGAUCGACAGUUGAACAGACCAUAUCUUCAGGUGAGGGAUUGACAGUUCAACAGACCACAUAUUCAAGUGAAGGAUCAACAGUUGAACAAACUAUAUCUUCAGGUGAAGGAUCGACAAUUGAACAGACCAUAUCUUCAGGUGAAGAACCCACAGGUGAACAGACCAUAUCUUUGGGUGAAGAACCCACAGGUGAACAGACCAUAUCUUCAGGUGAUGAAUCUACCAGCAAACAUGAACAGACAAUAUCUUCAGGUGAAGGAUCGACAGUUGAACAGAACAUAUCUUCAGCUGAAGGAUCAACAGUUGAACAGAUCAUAUCUUCAGUUGAAGAACCUACAGGUGAACAGACCAUAUCUUCAGGUGUAGAAUCUACAGGAGAACAGACCAUAUCGUCAGAUGAAGGAUCGACAGUUGAACAAACCAUAUCUUCAGGUGAAGAACCUACAGGUGAACAGACCCUAUCUUCAGCUGAAGGAUCGACAGUUGAACAGACCAUAUCUUCAGGUGAAGAACCUACAGGUGAACAGACCAUAUCUUCAGGUGAAGAAUCUACAGGUGAACAGACCAUAUCUUCAGGUGGAGAAUCUACAGGAGAACAGACCAUAUCUUCAGGUGAAGGAUCGACGGUGGAACAAACUAUAUCUUCAGGUGAAGGAUCGACAGUUGAACAGACCAUAUCUUCAGGUGUAGGAUCGACAGUUGAACAGACCAUAUCUUCAGGUGAAGAACCCACAGGUGAACAGACCAUAUCUUCAGGUGAAGAACCUACAGGUGAACAUACCCUAUCUUCAGCUGAAGGAUCGACAGUUGAACAAACCAUAUCUUCAGGUGAAGAACCUACAGGUGAACAGACCGUAUCUUCAGGUGGAGAAUCUACAGGAGAACAACACAUAUCUUCAGGUGAAGGAUCGACAGUUGAACAGACUAUAUCUUCAGGUGUAGGAUCGACAGUUGAACAGACCAUAUCUUCAGGUGAAGGAUCGACAGUUGAACAGACCAUAUCUUCAGGUGAGGGAUUGACAGUUGAACAGACCAUAUCUUCAGAUGAAGAGCCCACAGAUGAACAGACCAUAUCUUCAGGUGAAGGAUCGACAGUUGAACAGACCAUAUCUUCAGGUGAAGAACCCACAGGUGAACAGACCAUAUCUUUGGGUGAAGAACCCACAGGUGAACAGACCAUAUCUUCAGGUGAAGUAUCCACAGGUGAACAGGCCAUAUCUUUAGGUGAAGAAUACACAGAUGAACAUGAUGGAUCUUCAGGUGAUGAAUCUACCAGCAAACAUGAACAGACCAUAUCUUCAGGUGAAGGAUCGACAGUUGAACAGAACAUAUCUUCAGCUGAAGGAUCAACAAUUGAACAGAUCAUAUCUACAGGUGAAGAACCUACAGGUGAACAGACCAUAUCUUCAGGUGUAGAAUCUACAGGAGAACAGACCAUAUCGUCAGAUGAAGGAUCGACAGUUGAACAAACCAUAACUUCAGGUGAAGGAUCGACAGUUGAACAGACCAUAUCUUCAGGUGAAGAACCUAGAGGUGAACAGACCAUAUCUUCAGCUGAAGGAUUGACAGUUGAACAGACCAUAUCUUCAGGUGAAGAACCUACAGGUGAACAGACCAUAUCUUCAGGUGAAGAACCUACAGGUAAACAUACCCUAUCUUCAGGUGAAGAACCUACAGGUGAACAGACCAUAUCUUCGGGUGAAGAACCUACAGGUGAACAGACCAUAUCUUCAGGUGAAGAACCUACAGGUGAACAGACCAUAUCUUCAGAUGAAGGAUCGACAGUUGAACAGACCAUAUCUUCAGGUGAAGAACCCACAGGUGAACAGACCAUAUCUUCAGGAGAAGGACCUAUAGCCGAACAUGAUGUAUCUUCAGGUGAAGAACCUACAGGUGAACAGGCCAUAUCUUCGGGUGAAGAAUACACAGAUGAACAUGAUAGAUCCUCAAGUGAUGAAUCUACCAACAUACAUGAACAAACCAUAUCUUCAGAUGAAGGAUCAACAGUUGAACAGAACAUAUCUUCAGGUGAAGAACCCACAGGAGAACAGACCAUACCUUUGGGUGAAGAACCCACAGGUGAACAGACCAUAUCUUUGGGUGAAGAACCCACAGGUGAACAGACCAUAUCUUCAGGUGAAGAACCCACAGGUGAACAGACCAUAUCUUCAGGUGAAGAACCUACAGGUGAACAGACCUUAUCUUCAGGUGGAGAAUCUACAGGAGAACAGACCAUAUCUUCAGAUGAAGGAUCAACAGUUGAACAGACCAUAUCUUCAGUUGAGGAACCCACAGUUGAACAGACUAUAUCUUCAGGUGAAGGAUCAACAGUUGAACAGACCAUAUCUUCAGGUGAAGAACCUACAGGUGAACAGAACACAUCUUCAGGUGAAGGACCUAUAGGUGAACAUGAUGUAUCUUCAGGUGAAGAACUUACAGGUGAACAGGCCAUAUCUUCAGGUGAAGAAUACACAGAUGAACAUGAUGGAUCUUCAGGUGAUGAAUCUAUCAACAUACAUGAACAAACCAUAUCUUCAGAUGAAGGAUCAACAGUUGAACAAACCAUAUCUUCAGGUGCAGGAUCAACAGUUGAACAGACCAUAUCUUCAGGUGAAGAACCCACAGGUGAACAGACCAUAUUUUCAGGUGAAGGAUCUAUAGGCAAACAGGCCAUAUUUCCAAGUGAAGAACUUAAAGGUGGACAGGCCAUAUCUUCAGGCGAUGAAUUUGUAGAUGAACAGGCCAUACCUUCAAGUGAAGAAUUUACAGAAGAACAGACAAUAUAUUCAGGUGAAGAACCCACAGGUGAACAGACUCUGAGUAUAGGUGAAGACACAUCUUACGCAGAGAUCCAGAAUUCUGGUGGAGAACCUCCAUCUGAACAGGCCCUGACUGCAGAUGAAGAUUUCAGUUAUGCAGGUGAAGAAUUCCCAUAUAAACAGGCUCUAGCUACUGGUGAAAUUUCCACAAGUGAACAGGCCCUGACCACAGACAAAGGUGCUUUUUAUGCAGAGAUUCUGACUACAAGCAAAGAAUCCUCAGAUGAAAAGGACCUGACCUCAGGUGGGGAAUCUCCAACUGAACAGCCUCCAGCUCCAGCUGGAAAUUCCCUUUAUGAACAAUCAACACUUACAGGCAAGGAAACUGAUUAUGCAGAGAUCCUGACUAUAGGUGAAAAUUCCUCAUAUGGACAGGUUUUAGGUACAGGCAAAGAGUCUCUAACUGAACAGGAUAUUAAAACAGGUGAAGAAUCUCUUAAUGAGCUGGCUUCUGAUACAGGUGAAGCAUCUCUAACUGAACAGAUUGUGGACACAGGUGGAGAAUACACUUAUGAACAGACACUCGCUACAAGUGAAGAGUCUCUAACAGAACAGGAUGUAGCUACAGGUGGAGAAUACACUUACGAACAGCUAUCAGCAACUGUAGAAGAGACUCUAACUGAACAGGAUGUAGCUACAGGUGGAGACUCCACUUAUGAACAGGCAGCAACAACAGUCAAAGAGUCUGUAACUGAACAGGAUGCAGCUACAGGUGGAGAAUCCACUUAUGAACAGCCAGCAGCUACAGGUGAAGAGCUUCUAAUUGGACAUGAUAUAGCUACAGGUGGAGACUCCACUUAUGAACAGACACUAGCUACAGAUGGAGAAUCCACUUAUGGACAAACUGCAGUUAUAGGUGAAGAAUCUCUAACUGAACAGGAUAAAGCUAGGGGUGGAGAUUUGACUUAUGAUCAGGCAUCAGCUACAGGUGAAGAGUCUCUAACUGAACAGGAUGUAGCUACAGGUGGAGACUCCAUUUAUGAACAGACACUAGCUGCAGGUGGAGAAUCCACUGAUGAACAAACUACAGUUACAGAUGAAGAAUCUCUAACUGAGCAGGAUAAAGCUACAGGUGGAGACUCCACUUAUGAACAGGUAUCAGCUGCAGCCGAAGAGUCUCUAACUGAACAGGAUGUAGCUAUAGGUGGAGACUCCAUUUAUGAACAGACACUAGCUACAGGUGGAGAUUUGACUUAUGAUCAGGCAUCAGCUACAGCUGAAGAGUCUCUAACUGAACAGGAUGUAGCUACAGGUGAAGACUCAAUUUAUGAACAGACACUAGCUGCAGAAGGAGAAUCCACUUAUGAACAAACUACAGUUUCAGGUGAAGGAUCUCUAACUGAACAGGAUAAAGCUACAGGUGGAGACUCCAUUUAUGAACAGGCAUCGGCUACAGCCGAAGAGGCUUUAACUGAACAGGAUGUAGCUACAGGUGAAGACUCAAUUUAUGAACAGACACUAGCUGCAGAAGGAGAAUCCACUUAUGAACAAACUACAGUUUCAGGUGAAGGAUCUCUAACUGAACAGGAUAAAGCUACAGGUGGAGACUCCAUUUAUGAACAGGCAUCGGCUACAGCCGAAGAGGCUUUAACUGAACAGGAUGUAGCUACAGGUGGAGACUCCAUUUAUGAACAGGCAUCGGCUACAGCCGAAGAGGCUUUAACUGAACAGGAUGUAGCUACAGGUGGAGACUCCAUUUAUGAACAGACACUAGCUACAGGUGAAGACUUGACUUAUGAACAGGCAUCAACUACAGGCAAAGAGUCUCUAAUUAACAUGGAUGCAGAUACAGGUGGAGACUCUACUAAUGAACAGACAUCAGCUGCAGGUGAAGAGACUCUAAUGGAACAGGAUGUAGCUACAGGUGGAGAAUCCACUUAUGAACAAACUACAGUUACAAGCAAAGAGUCUCUAACUGAACAAGAUGUGGCUAAAAGUGGAGACUUGACUUAUGAACAGGCAUCAUCUACAGGCGAAGAAUCUCUGAAUGAACAUGAUGUGGCUACACAUGGAGACUCCACUUCUGAACAAAGUACAGUUACAGGUGAAGAGUUUCUAAAUCAUCUGGAUGCAUCUGCAGGCAAAGAAUCCCCUUAUGAACAGGCUCAAGCUACAGGUAAAGAGUUUAUAAUUGAACAGGAUGUAGCUACAAGCAAAGAAUUGCCUUAUGAAUGGACUUCAGCUGCAAGCAAAGAAUCUGAUACCAAACAGGGUGUAUUUACAGGUGAAAAGUUUCUAACUGGACAGGAUACAGCUACAGGCAGAGAUUCCCCUGAUGAACUAUCACUGCCUACAAGUGAAGACAUCUAUUAUGCAAAAAUUCUCACUACAGGCAAAGAACCAUCUUAUGAACAGGUUUCAGCUACAGGCAAAGAGUCUCUAACCAAAGAAGGUGUGGCUAUGGGCAGAGAUGUUUACAAUGCAGAGGCCAUCACCACAAGCAAAGAACCUACAAGGGAACAGGUGCUGGUGACAGGCACAGAGGACCCACAGAGACAGGUGCCCCGUUUGCCCCCGGACCCUGAGGAUGUUCUCUUUGGCAUCCUCCACCCGCAGAUGGGUCGGGGGCAACGGAGGGAAGUGACAGACAGCGAGCUGAUGCGGGUCCCCCAGGAUGACAGGCACUUCUGGGCAACCCUCUAUUUUGCAGGGGUAGGGAGGGCCCGAGACCUCCUGAAACAGAGGGGGCUCCGGGCACAGGGAGCCCCACGCUGACCCUGCCUGGCAGUGAAGGGACUCAUCUUGGGAACCUUGACCCCACCCCCCCUCCACAUCUCCUCCUCAUCCCCACACCCCCUUCCUCUUACAUUAAACGAUUGUCCACCUAGCCGGCUGUGUCUUCAUAUUCUUAUCUGCACACAGAAAGGGAGGGAUCUGAGGAAAAGGGGUCAGUCUACACUCAGUAAACUGUCCUCACUAUGAUUGUAGGGUGUCUCUGACCCUUGUACACCGAGUUCCCUCUGUUCCUCAAUACACCCACCCCACCAUUCACGGUGUGUGUCCUACUCUCGUACACCGAGGUUCCUCUCUUUCUCAAUAUUCCCCACCAUUCACGGUGUGUCCUACCCUUGUACACUGAGGUUCCUCUGACCACUCAACAUUUUCCACCAUUUACAGUGUGUGUCCUAUUCUUGAACGCUGAGGUCCCUCUGCUCCUCGACACUCCCCACUAUUCAAUGUGUGUGUGUCCUAUCCUCAUAUGCCAAGGUCCCUCUGUUCCGAGUCAGAAUGUUUCUCUCAGGGUAGAGAUGUCUAGAGGACAUUUGUUUAAAGUGAGUGGGGUAAACUUUAAAGAAGAUGUGAUUCUGUUCCUGUACCUCUUGAUCUAGAAC